AGCUCUUCUCGUCAUGCAGCUGGUGAUCCGUCGGUAUCGUCCCUCAGACAAGGACACAGUACUGACCCUGUUCAGCGUCAGCAUCCGGGAGCACAUCGGUCCAUGUUUCCGUAACGCCAUGACCAGCCCUCUCUACCUGUCCAUCGGCCUGGCUCUGUGUGUUGCUGGAUACCUCCUUGGCUCUGUGUUGGGGGCUGUGCUGUUACCUGCAGUCUGGAUGGGCCUCAUCUACUACUGCUCUUACCAGAUCUAUGACAGCUAUGUCAGAGAGAGACUUCGGACGGACAUGCAGGACAUCCCUGGAAACUAUCUGAGCAGACCAGAUGACUGUUUCUGGGUGGCUGAGGCUGAGGUUGAUGGGAGGCCGCAGGUUCUCGGUAUGGUGGCUGUAAUGGCCAAACAUAGCGGGAAGGAAAAACACGGGGAGCUGUUCAGAAUGAUCAUCUCACAGCAGUGCAGACGUCUGGGUCUGGGCCUCAGGUUGGCUCAUACUGUGAUUGAUUUCUGUAAGGAACGAGGCUUCUCCAAGGUGGUUCUGGAGACGAGCUCCACCCAGAUGGCUGCUGUGGCCCUGUACAGCAAACUGGGGUUCAGCGUUGUGGUCUCACACACCACAACAGAGGCUGCCUCCUGGGUUGCACCACUGGCCAGAGUCACAAUAUUCAAAAUGGAAAAAUCCCUGUAGGCUUAAAGCACAGAGAAUAAUUUGUAGGUGUACACAUUACAUGAAUCUGCUCCUAUGAGCUCACUGGGGCAUGAUUCAGUCAGUUAUCGUCAUUGUACUGUGUUUAUUUUUUUUUUUUUAGCUAUGUUCGAGUGCUGUUAUUUUUGACCACUUUUAAGUGUUUUUAAUACAAAAAAAAUCAAGAAAAGACAUUUUUAACAUUCACAUGCAUUGACUGAAACCUGUUAAAACCCCCUGUACAAGCACAUUAUUGCUAUGCUGUCAGAUAAUGCCAAACUCUUUGACACUUGAGAAAGUGUUAAAGUAGUAAAAGAUUACUGUUAAUGAAUUGCAAAAAAACCCAAAACUCAUUGUUACUUGUGACAUAAUAUUGUGAUUAAUUAAAAGCUUGUCAUUGUGUAAUAUAUAUUUGUUCUA